GCGCCGCCUUAUUCCCCGUCCCAUAAAGUUAUAAGAACAUACUGGGCCAGACCAUUGGUCCAUCUAGCUCAGUAUUGUCUGCACUGACUGGCAGCGCUCUCCAGAGUUUCUGGCAGGACAUGCAAAGUAGAUGUUCUACCACUGAUCUAUGGCCCUUCCCCAAAGGAUACCCAACGCCCUGCCUUUCUGCGGGUCCCCAGUAACUACAGCGCAGCCCUUCAGACAACGGCCUAAUUUCUAACCCUUUCCCAUCUACGUUGCAGGCUCUGCCUCCCGUGUUUUUAUUUCCUCCUUCCCCGCACAGCCCCCGUACUUAGACCUGGCCAGCCGCUGUACAGAUAUCUAUAUUUCCCUCUUUGCCGUGGUCUUUGUUUAUGUAAAAUUAAAAUACCGCUGAGUGAUGUGUCUUCCGGGCCCUUUUCGGGAACACUUCUUAAUAGGGGCCCAUUUUCUUCAGGGCUGGGGAGCCUCCGGCUACGUAGAUGAUGUUUGACUCCAACUCCCAUCGGCCCCAGCCCACGUGGCUAGUGGUCAGGGAUUAUCGGAAUUGGAGUCCAACAAUCUGGAGAGCCACAGGUUCCCCACCACUGGAGUAAACGAUAUUAAUAGUUUCGUUUUGGCAGAAAGCGCCGUGGAACUAAUAAAAUUAAGGCGACCACCACUCCUCGAAUGCCUUCCACCAGGUUGGCUCUGCAAGUCUUCGACAUGAACUAUGGUGUGCAGUUUGGCAGCCUCUGGCCUUCAAUCCGCAUUGGUCUUCUCUCAGAGCAGAAAUAUGGAGCUCUUGUCAACAAUUAUUCUGAUGCCCAGAAAGUCACCGAGCACCUGGAAGAAAUGCAUGCAGUGGAUUUCAUCUGGGAAUCUCAAAAUGUAGUACAGGACCCAGAUUCUGUAGCUAAGCACGAUGCCAGUAAGCCAAACUCAUCCCCAGAAACCUGGACUAAACCCUCUGAGCCUCAAGCACGGCUUUUUCCUUCCUUUUGUACAUCCAUCAGUCCCAACAUCAAGUGUUACACUUUUCCCAAAGGUGAUAUCAGCCUUUUUCAUCCAGCCAGACCAGACAUUCUAGGAAUUCUGGGCUACUAUCUUCUGGAUGCUGCAUCAGUCUUGCCUGUCUUGGCUCUCAACGUGCAGCCUGAUGACCUUGUCCUUGAUCUUUGUGCAGCACCAGGUGGAAAGACAUUGGCGCUUCUUCAGACGGGAUGUUGUCGAAAGCUGGCAGCCAAUGACCUCUCUGUUUCUCGCACUGGCCGGCUGCAUCAUGUGCUUCAUAGCUAUCUUCCAAAAGAGCUGUGCAAUAUAGUGCGGAUUACAUCAUGGGAUGGAAGGAAAUGGGGUGACCUGGAGAAGAACACUUAUGACAGGGUGCUUGUGGAUGUACCAUGCACAAAUGAUCGUCACUCAGUCAUAGAAGAGGACAACAAUAUGUUCAUGCGCAUGAGAAAGGGGGAGCGUCAGAUGUUGCCGAUGCUCCAGCUGGAGUUACUUGUGGCUGGAAUGCGUGCUGCCAAGCCUGGAGGAAAUGUAGUGUACUCAACAUGCUCCUUGUCUCAGCUCCAGAAUGAGUAUGUGGUUGAGAGAGCCAUGGAGCUACUAGCAAUCCAAUAUGACAUCAAUGUCCAGGUUGAAGAUUUGAGCUACUUUCGGAAGUGCUUCCAGAACACAUUUUCUUUCUAUCCCGAUUGCAGACUUGGGGAGCUCAUCCUUCCCCAUCUCACAGCUAACUUUGGACCCAUGUAUUUUUGCAAAUUGCACAGAUUGAAUUAGAAUGGGCAUGGCAUGACAGGAAGAGAGAGAUGGGAUCUUCCCAACUUCCCUUUGACACUUCUGUGUGUGUAUUUUAAAGGAUUUAAUGCAAUUUACAGAAAAACACCAGCAUCUUGCAUAAUUAACCACAUAUCUGUGGGCCUUUACUACAUGUUACUCACUGUCUAGUUGAUACUGACAAAUCCUUCACUCCACAGACAAUACAUGUCUAUGUUACAUGCCUCUAACGCAGUCUUGUUACAUGCCUCUAAUACAGGCAUUGAUCUAAAUGUGUGGACAUUGAAAUGCCAGUAUCGCAUAGCCUGGAGUUAGUUCAUGCUGCCCUUGUGAGCACUGCGUGGAUUAGAGACGUGUAAAGAUGAUUUCUGCUAUGUAUAUUAUUGCAUGCAUGGGGAAGAGGUUUUCAGCAACACCGAUGUGCUAAAAGUAGAAUGUAAAUAGGCCCUUGAAGAGUACGAUACAAAAACCACUGAAUAAAAAUGUGAAAAAAUGGUAAA